GCAGGAGAGGAAACUGUUUCCUCUUGUUCACUCGUGGCUCUCCGUCUGUGCAGGUGUGUCACCUGCUCAGGUGUGGAACAAAGUGAACCAUUGGACUCGAGGCGCCGCACCCACGAGGCAAACACCCGCUCCCCGUGUGAGAGCUGCCAUUACGAAAGAUCCCGCAGCGUGUAAUGUUCACCCUGUCACAGUCGUGCGUGACGCGGGUCGACGCGUGAGAAGCGCUGAGCAGGCGUGAGACAGGGAGGAGGCCGACGACCUGUGGUGACGUUUCAGUUCUCCUGCUGCACGAGUCUCCACACGACAGGAGGCUCAGCAGGAGUCUUCUCCCGCCGAGGACACGAGUGUGAGCGGGUUCACGAGGAGCAGCCGAGAUCGACAAUGGCCGCCUCGGGCACCAUGUUACCAGAGAAACAGUUCCAGUGCACCAUCUGUCAACAAGUGUUCACCGACCCGGUCACCACUCCCUGUGGACACAACUUCUGCCAGGCCUGCAUCCAGAGUGCGUGGGACGGCAUGGACGUCUGCCAGUGCCCCACCUGUGCCAAGUCGUUCAGCCCUCGGCCUGAGAUGAACAUCAACUCCGCCUUCAAAGAGCUGGCGGACGCAUUGCGAAACAUGAUAGUCUGCUCCUCGGCUGUGCCGCUGUCCGCAGCCCAACCGGGCGAGGUGGUGUGCGACGUCUGUGCCGCCACGUCCCUGCAGGUGAGGGCCCUGAAGUCCUGUCUGGUGUGUCUGACGUCGUACUGCGGUGCUCACCUGGAGCCUCACCAGAGAGUCGCCACCCUGAAGAUGCACAAGCUGAUCGAGCCGGUGAAGAACCUGCAGGACCGGAUGUGCAAGAAGCACGAGAGGCUGCUGGAGAUGUUCUGCAGGGACGAGCAGAAGUGCGUGUGCCGCUUCUGCACCGAGACCGAGCACAAAGGUCACCAGGCCGUCGCCAUAGAGGACGAGAGCCGGGAGAGGAAGGUCGAAAUGAAGACGACAGAGGCCGAUUUUCAGCAGAUGAUCCAGGAGCGUCUGAAGAAAGUAGAGGAGAUUAAGAGCUGCCUGAAGCUCAGUGCAGUGAGUGCAGAGAAGGAGAAGAAGGAGAGCGACCGCCUCUUCUCAUCUCUGAUUCGCUCCAUCCAGGAGGGACAGGCCGAAGUCUCCACGGAGAUCGAGGAGAAGCAGAGGGGAGCAGAGAGGAGGGCCGAGGAGCUGGUCGCCGAGCUGCAGCAGGAAGUCACUGAGCUGCGGAGGAGAAACACUGAGCUGGAGGAGCUGGGGAACUCUGAGGACCAUCUGCACGUCCUGCAGAGGCUUCCCUCUCUCACAUCGCCUCCACCCUCCAGACAGUGGACUGAGGUGGGCGUCCACCCAGAGCUCUGUGUGGGGACCGUGAGGAGGGGGCUGUCCAAAGUGGACAACACUCUGAAGAAUGAGCUGGACGGCCUGAGGACAGAAGAGAUGAAAAGGAUGCAGAAAUAUGCAGUUGAAGUCGUGUUAGACCCGGACACCGCCCAUCCAAACAUCGUGCUGUCAGCUGACGGGAAGCAGGCGGGCCGCGGCGAGCUGCUGCACGUCGUCCCUGACAUCCCCCAACGCUUCGACCCCGUCAUCUGCGUCGUGAGCAAGAGCGGCUUCCUGUCUGGGAGGUUCUACUACCAGGUUGUGGUCGGGACAAAGACCUUCUGGGACCUGGGCGUAGUCAAAGAGUCCGUCAACAGAAAGGGGAUGAUCACGUCCAAGCCCGAGAACGGCUACUGGACGGUGCGGCUGAGGAACGGGGACGAGUAUCGGGCCCUGGACUCCCCCUCCGUCCGCCUGUCUCUCAAAGAGAGGCCUCAGACCGUCGGGGUGUUCACAGAUUACGAGGAGGGGAGGGUGUCGUUCUUCAACGUGGAGAACGGGUCUCACAUCUACAGCUUCACCGGGUGUAUGUUCUCCGAGAGGAUCUUCCCCUUCUUCAGCCCUGGUGUUUGUGAUGAAGGGAGGAACAAAGGGGCGUUGGUCAUCACAGCCGUCAACCCUGAGACUUAGAGGACGAGUCUCUGCCGGCGACCUGAGGCUGAAGAUGUUUGAGAAAUGAUUUAAUAUCAAAGCAAAACUACGCAACUUGAUUAAAGUGAGUUUUAAUGUUUGAGUGUGAACAUGAAAACCAGAGUUACAACGUUCAGCAGGAAACUUUAAGACAUGUUCUGAACAGAGUUUGGUGCAGCAGCGCCUCAGGUUCAGGAAGCAGAGGAUCGUGGGUAUUAUCC